AUGAAGUCCAUUCAGUUUGCUCUCACCCUCGCGGCGACUAUCAUCCCAAGCGUCUCCGCACACUAUUUCUUCCCUACCCUCGUCGUGAAUGGGAAUGAAACUGGGUAUUACGAGUAUGUGCGCGAGGAUACUCAGAACUAUAUGCCUUUCAAGGGGAACUACGGCAGUGAUGACUUCCGCUGCAACACGGGCUCGGAUGCCUAUGCCCAGAAAACAGAUGUCUAUAAGGUCAAAGCUGGUGAUACGAUUGGAUUCGCUACCGACUUUGGCACUCAGAUUGAGCACCCUGGUCCCUUACAGGUUUACCUGUCCAAGGCACCUGGCAGCGUAAAGAACUACGAUGGCUCGGGCGACUGGUUCAAGAUCUAUGAGCUUGGUCCCACAUCCUUUGGCAGUGAUGGGAUUCAAUGGGGCGUGACAGGCAAGAGCCAAUUCGACUUCACCCUUCCCAAGGAAACUCCCGCUGGUCAGUACCUUGUGCGCAUCGAGCAUAUUGCGCUGCACGGAGCUGGCGAAUUUGGCGGUGCUGAGUUCUACUUGAACUGUGCCCAGAUUGAGGUUGAGAGUGACAGUACGGCUAUUCCUGGGCCCACUGUCAAGAUUCCUGGCGUAUAUGAUGGUUAUGAGAAGGGAAUUCUCUUUUACAUGUACCGCGACUAUAUCACAAACUACACUAUCCCAGGACCCCGCGUGUGGUCCCAUGGCGGCAAUGCGGAUGUCACCGCUCAGGGUGUGAAGGUUGCACCCACCACAACUUGGUCUGCAUUGGCCGUGACAGACUAUCCUUCCUCGUCCGUCGUCUACAGCUCUGCAUUAUCCAGGGCUCCCGCAUCCAUGUCACCGUCCUCAACUGCUCUCGCUUCUUUUACAGGAUCUAUCCACAGACACAAUCAUGGUCACGGCAAUCAUGUUUCCCUCUCAGAUCUGCCCUUAGAAACCAGCAUCCCUGUUCAAAGCAGCAGCUCUGUAGGUGUUGAUGAGACUAUUGAGACUACCUUGCCCAGUCAGACCGCUUUUGCUGUGACAGCGUCAGGCGCAAAUGACUUUCGUAGUCAACAAGCCAAUGUCAUCUUUAUGGUAACCGAGACCGAAGCCGUCUACGUGCCCACACCCACUAUGACCAGGUGUGCCCCCACGGUGACGGUCACUGUGACUACCACCACCACCACCACGGCAUAG